UUGAAAAAAGAAACCACAUUCUCCUUCCCGCGCCUCAGGCCAGCAAAAGCCGCGCGCCUUUCCUCGCCCGUGAGGCCGCCCAAUGGCCAGCGCCAGCCCCGCCAAGAUGGACAGCGUCGCCAGCCAGCCGCCGCCUCCCGCGACUUUCCUGCAGCCCGCCUGCUUCUUCGCGGCGGCCGCGGCGGCGGCUGCAGUGGCCGCUUCACAGAGCGCGCAGCAGCAGCAGCAGCAGCAGCAGCAGCAGCAGCUCAGCCCGGCGUCGGCGGGCCACCCGCAGCACCAGUCCUCUCCCGGCGGCGUCAAAGCGCCUGUUGCGGCUGCGCCGAAGCCCCUGCAACAGCAGCAGCAGCAGCAGCAGCCGCAGCAGGUGAAGCGCCCUCGCUCGUCGUCGCCGGAGUUGAUGCGCUGCAAGCGGCGCCUCAACUUCAGCGGCUUCGGCUACAGCCUCCCUCAGCAGCAGCCGGCGGCGGUGGCGCGGCGGAACGAGCGCGAGAGGAACCGCGUGAAGCUGGUCAACCUGGGCUUCGCCACGCUGCGGGAGCACGUCCCCAACGGCGCCGCCAACAAGAAGAUGAGCAAAGUGGAGACGCUGCGCUCGGCCGUCGAGUACAUCCGGGCCCUGCAGCAGCUGCUCGACGAGCACGACGCCGUCAGCGCCGCCUUCCAGGCAGGCGUCCUCUCGCCCACCAUCUCCCCCAGUUACCCCAACGACAUGAACUCCUUGGCGGGCUCGCCCGUCUCCUCCUACUCCUCGGACGAAGGGUCCUACGAUCCCCUCAGCCCCGAAGAGCAGGAGCUCCUGGACUUCACCAACUGGUUCUGAGAGGCCCCGGAGGCCCUCUUGGCGCUGGCUUGGCAGCAGGACUUGCUGAAAAACGGUCGCAUCUGUUUUCUUCCCAUUAUGGAAAGGAAGAAAAGUCAAGACAGUGAAGCACAGAAUGAGUUUGACCGCAUCUGCAAGAAACCGGAAGCACUCCCUGAUUCUGCCUUUGCACUCCAGGCUGUUUUGAAGAGACAUGCAGCCCAAUUCUAUGUAUGUUUACUUGGAAGUUAGCCCCAUUUAACGGAAUGGGACUCAACUACUCCCAGAUAAGCGUGCACAGGAUUGCAACCUUAGUGACAUUCACAUGCAUAGGUUCAGGCUGCACAAUGGGCUUAGUAGCAACAGGAGGCCCAAGAGCAACUAUCUGCCUAUUCAAUACCCCCAAAGUUAAACAACACUGCCUAUAUACAUCAUAUACAUCUUCAACAGAGCAAUGAGCUUCCCGUUCUGUUCAAAUAAAUACAGUAUUGCUUCUUUGGAAAGACUGUUUCACUCGCUUUCUGGACACAAAACACAGUGCAAUCCUAGCAUACUUAGAAGUAAGCCCCACAGCAUUCAGUGGGACUUCUUCCCAAGUAUAUGGCUUUAGGACUGCAGCUGUGCAGACAAAUCCUGUGUAUGCUUACUAGAUUCAGUGGGACUUGCUCUUAAAUAAGUGUGCAAAGGACACUCCUGUUGCCUAGUACUUGUGGAGAUUUUGAAAAUCAAAACUAUGCUGUAUUCAAAGAAUCCUCUGAUGACUCCCCUCUUCAUCCACUUCCUCCCUACCAUCCCCAUCAUAAAAUGCUUCCAUUUUUUUCUUGUGAACUUUUUAUUAUAUAAAAAAAAUCUAUUUGUAUCCUAACAAGUUUUGGGGAUAUAUUAAGCUAUUUUUGUAUAUAAGAGACAGAGAAAUUUAUAGACUUUUUGUACAAAUGGUUUAAAAUGUGUAUAUCUUGAUAACUUUUUUAAGGAUAUGUAAUGCUUAUUACCUCUUCAUAUCUAGAUGCGUAGUCAAAAUGACCUUACAACUGCCAUGUUUUUGUCAUGUGGUUUUGUAAAGGACUUGGAAAUGCCUCCGGAUGUACUUUAGCACCGAUGUGUCUUACUUUUUAAUAGAAACUUUGCUAAUGUAUUAAUAAUGUUAUUAAACAAUUGUUCAAAGUGAACAAAGUUUAUGCAGCUAUUGUCCAAACGCAAAAUGGUAGCUAUUUAUUUUACAAGCUGCUGCCUUUUGAAGAAAAAGAAAACUUUUACUACUGCCUUUUCACACUGUUUUAUUACAAACUUACAAAAAUCAUGUAUAACCAUGUUUUAUACAAACUAGUUUGGUAAUAAAACUUUUUGUUUCAAUUAAAGCAAUGUCUUCCUGGUU